AUGUUGAGGGAUAAACAUUUCCAGGUUAUUAUUCCCCCUGAGCUGCAGGCCAGGAAGACAAUAAUCUUGGAGAGACUUGAUGGAGGAAUUACUGAAGACACCCAUGAAAAUAUUAAACACGAUAUAGAACAGAGGAAUGAUUGGGCCAAGGUGGAAGAGGUAAUCCUCAUGCCGAGAUUGUCUAACAUGAUGAAAAUAAGGUUUGAAGAAAUCUGCAUGGCACAGAAAGCCCUCAGCCAAGGUAUCCAUUGCAACUACUAUCACCUUAGCACCGACAACAACAACCUUGAGCAGGAGGAAUACUAUAACAUUACCCCUUGUUGGACAUGCUAUAAAUACGAUCACACAGCCGCAGAGUGCAAACAAACGGGCCAAGUAUGUUCAGAAUGUGCCGGGCAGGGACACACAUACAGAGACUGCAUAAAUAAAUCAAACCCCAAAUGUCUCAACUGUGGUGAUCCCCACCGCACACUGGCAUCAAUAUGUCCCACUAGGAAGGACAUCCUAAAACAAAAAAGGGCCGAUGCCUUAGCAAAAAAGACAGCAAUGGCCAAUAAUACUUAUGCAGGACGCUGCUCCUCCUCCCCUUUGAUGGUGGAGCCGGAAGCUGCAUCUGGCAAGUUUGGACGCUCGGCUCUUGUGUCUUAUCAACCCGACGGAGCAGCUUCUUUGAUCGUAAAAUGGCAGGUUUUGCCUGCUGAACAUGCGGCUGAACAUGCAGCUGAACAUGCGGCUGAACAUGUGGCUGAACAUGUGGCUGAACAUGUGGCUGAACAUGCAGCUGAACAUGCGGCUGAACAUGUGGCUGAACAUGUGGCUGAACAUGCAGCUGAACAUGUAGCUGAACAUGUGGCUGAACAUGUAGCUGAACAUGCAGCUGAACAUGCAGCUGAACAUGUAGCUGAACAUGCAGCUGAACAUGCAGCUGAACAUGCAGCUGAACAUGUGGCUGAACAUGUGGCUGAACAUGCGGCUGAACAUGUGGCUGAACAUGUGGCUGAACAUGCAGCUGAACAUGUAGCUGAACAUGUGGCUGAACAUGCAGCUGAACAUGCAGCUGAACAUGCAGCUGAACAUGCGGCUGAACAUGCGGCUGAACAUGUGGCUGAACAUGUGGCUGAACAUGUGGCUGAACAUGUGGCUGAACAUGCAGCUGAACAUGUGGCUGAACAUGUAGCUGAACAUGUAGCUGAACAUGCAGCUGAACAUGCAGCUGAACAUGUGGCUGAACAUGUGGCUGAACAUGCAGCUGAACAUGCAGCUGAACAUGUGGCUGAACAUGUGGCUGAACAUGCAGCUGAACAUGCGGCUGAACAUGCGGCUGAACAAGCAGCUGAACAUGCAGCUGAACAUGCAGCUGAACAUGCAGCUGAACAUGCAGCUGAACAUGAAGCUGAACAUGCAGCUGAACAUGAAGCUGAACAUGCAGCUGAACAUGCAGCUGAACAUGCGGCUGAACAUGUGGCUGAACAUGCAGCUGAACAUGUAGCUGAACUUGCAGCUGAACAUGCGGCUGAGCAUGUGGCUGAACAUGCAGCUGAACAUGUAGCUGAACAUGCAGCUGAACAUGCAGCUGAACAUGUGGCUGAACAUGCGGCUGAACAUGUAGCUGAACAUGCAGCUGAACAUGCAGCUGAACAUGCAGCUGAACAUGCAGCUGAACAUGUAGCUGAACAUGCAGCUGAACAUGCAGCUGAACAUGUGGCUGAACAUGCGGCUGAACAUGUAGCUGAACAUGCAGCUGAACAUGCAGCUGAACAUGCCGCUGAACAUGCGGCUGAACAUGCAGCUGAACAUGCGGCUGAACAUGCAGCUGAACAUGCAGCUGAACAUGCAGCUGAACAUGCAGCUGAACAUGUAGCUGAACAUGUAGCUGAACAUGCGGCUGAACAUGCGGCUGAACAUGCAGCUGAACAUGCGGCUGAACAUGCGGCUGAACAAGCAGCUGAACAUGCAGCUGAACAUGAAGCUGAACAUGCAGCUGAACAUGCAGCUAAACAUGUGGCUGAACUUGCAGCUGAACAUGCAGCUGAACAUGCAGCUGAACAUGUGGCUGAACAUGCGGCUGAACAUGCGGCUGAACAUGCAGCCGAACAUGCAGCUGAACUUGCAGCUGAACUUGCAGCUGAACUUGCAGCUGAACAUGCAGCUGAACAUGCAGCUGAGCAUGUGGCUGAACAUGUAGCUGAACAUGCACCUGAACAUGCGGCUGAACAUGCGGCUGCACAUGCGGCUGCACAUGCGGCUGCACAUGCGGCUGCACAUGCGGCUGCACAUGUAGGCAGCACUCUACAUCGCCUCAGGGACGCUCUACCGUGUGUUUACACUCGUGUAUCCGUCUUGUCUCUCGUGUGA